CUCAGAUGCUGCUAGGAAUGAAGGGGGAGCCAGGAGUACCAGGGUUAAAGGGUGACCGUGGCGACGUCGGCCCACUGGGACCUGAAGGCCCCAAAGGCCUGAAGGGUGACGCAGGAUGAGAAGGGGUCAGAGGGCAGGAUGGGAGUGGCGGGCCAGAGAGGAGAGAAGGGUGAGCGCGGAAUACCGGGAAUCCCGGGAAUCCCAGGGAAACAUGGAGGAAAGGGGGAUUCUGGGUUUCCAGGCAUCCCUGGCCUCAAGGGCUCGGCAGGUAUUCCUGGUAUCCCUGGGAAACGUGGCUACAGGGGAGAUAAGGGAGAUAAGGGAGAACCCAGUGCAGCAGGAAGCGGAAUCAAAGGAGAACCGGGAACCCCAGGAACCCCAGGAACCCCAGGUCCAGCAGGACUCAAGGGCGAUAAAGGCGAGCAGGGAAUCAAGGGCGACAUAGGGGCAGUAGGAGCAGAAGGACCUGCUGGACCAAGAGGACCCCAAGGGCUUGCAGGAGAACCAGGCAAAGCUGAAAUCAACAACAAUGAAAAUGAUAUCCGAAAUGUUCCACUUAUGGGUCCCCCUGGUUUACCGGGCCCUCCAGGAACUCCUGGCAAUCCUGGGAUGAAGGGUGAUAUUGGAUUACCAGGACCUCCAGGUCAUGAUGGAGAGAAGGGUCCGAGAGGGAAGCCUGGAGAGCAGGGUCCUGCAGGUCCCCGCGGCCCAGAGGGCCACCGUGGGGAGGGGGGGCUGAUGGGAUACCCCGGACCCAAGGGCGACAAGGGGGACACGGGCCAGUCUGGGCCACCCGGAUUAGACGGCCCUACUGGAGAAAAGGGGGCAACUGGACCCUCGGGUCCCAUUGGACUGCCAGGCGCAAUGGGCCAGAAAGGAGAUGCUGGGGAGAAAGGAGGAGUGCCUGACAUGGUCUAUGGGCCCCCAGGACCUCCAGGGGCACAAGGGCCAGUUGGCCCCAUGGGGCCCCAGGGACACUCCGGGCCGAAGGGGGAGCCGGGCAUUGGUAUGCGUGGGGAGAAGGGAGCCACAGGCCAGAAGGGAGACAAAGGGGACAGGGGUCAUCUAGGACUGCCUGGGGCUCACGGGUUAGAUGGCAAGCCUGGUCCAGUGGGCCUGAUAGGGCCAGCAGGAGUCUCUGGACCAGCAGGACCAAAGGGAGAAAGGGGAGAUAAAGGAGACAUGGGAGUAGCUGGACCAAUCGGGCCUCAAGGCAUCCCUGGUUUAGUUGGACCACCUGGGCUGAAAGGCACAAGGGGGGAAAGGGGCAAGAGAGGCAACAGGGGGGCCAAAGGGGAUAAGGGAGACCAAGGAGCCCCAGGAUUAGAUGCCCCGUGCCCGUUGGGUGAGGAUGGUCUACCUGUACCAGGCUGUUGGAAUAAAGGCCAGAAUCCCUUCCAGCUGGCGAAGAAGUAGCCGGGCCUGACCGCAGACUGUGGCUUGUUCACUUUCACACAAAACCGCAGCAGGAAACUUGAGGAGGAUUUUGGUGAGAAUCUUUCGGAGUUUCGGAUUCGCCACUGGGGUCGCCACGCCAACGGAUUUCCCUGCAGACUGAGUGAUAAUUCUGCAAUGUUGGCUGGCACCACCAGGGGGCGAUGUGGGCUGGCUGAUCUCUUGUUCUAAAAAAAAGAGGAUUUGACCUAUGACCUUUAUGUUCUUUAUCAAAGGCUUCAUUGACACUGACAGAAAAAAACAACAACAGGAAAAAAGCAAGAUGCAUUUCAUUUUUUUUGUAUGACUUUGUUUUUGACUUUCAGAUUUUGUUCACUAUGUGAAAGACUUUGUAUAGAGUAUUCUAAUUUCACUUUAUUUCACAUUUUAUUAUUAUGAUUAUGAUUAUUAUUAUUAUUUUCUAAAUCUUUUUAUGCCAGCUACUGUGAUCCCAGAGUUCAGUGCAGCUCACAGGACCGGCCGAUGACCCGCUUGGUCCGGCUCGGUCCGGCUCGGGCAGCAGUCGACUGUGGGUCGGAUCCGGCUGGGUUCAGGCACAGGUCCGCCUCAGAGUCGCCUCUAUCGGGCCGUGACGCCUCUAGCCACAGACGCCAAAAAAGCUUUCCUCACAUGAUUCCUGAUGCCAGACCCACACUGCCUUCUGCUAGCCAGGGUCCUGCGGGUCCUCACAAACUCACAGUAGAAUUCACACACUACUAUCACAAAUCUAUAACCCCAGCAGCUCAAGGUCAUAACCACAGCAACUCAAGGUCAUAUCCCCAGCAGCUCAAGGUCAUAAACCCAGCAGCUCAAGGUCAUAACCCCAGCAGUUCAUGAUCAUAAACCCAGCAGCUCAAAGUCAUAACCCCAACAGCUCAUGAUCAUAAACCCAGCAGCUCAAGGUCAUAACCCCAGCAGCUCAAGGUCAGUAGUUGCUGUUUGUUUGUAGCUGUCUGUGGAGAUGGUGUAUGGUCACCUGUAAGGCCAGGACCCUGGCUAACACACUCACGUGCUCAUGUAGCAUCAUUUUUUAUUAAACGUUAUUAUAUCACGACACACAGCAGGUAUUUUACUUCUUGAGAACUUCAGUAGGAGAGUUUAAUUGUAUACAGUGUAAGAGUUCCACAGGUUGACUGGAGCUUGUGCUCUAAGAUAGUCGUGUGUAGGAGCUACUGACGUCAUAGACCACACUCAUGAAAUCGGAUUUAGAUCCAUGCGGUUUGUAAAAAGUGUUUCCUGAUUUAUUCAUAUCAGUUAUCAUCAUCAUCAUCAUCAUCAUUCAUUUGUUUCAACUUGUCUGAGCCAGGACACACACAGGUGGUUUUAGGAAGGGCCUUUUGAGAGGAGGUGUAUAACCAUGCCACCAUUUUGGAUCUGCAGUUUUACAGUUUCCCUCUCAGAGCAGAGUUUUGCCUUCAUCUGUGAGCGGCCAGCGCAGGAAGCACAGUAUUCAUGCAGAGUCAUGGUUGGGCAGCUAGUGUGUGCUGGAGUCGGAGUCGUUGGAGACUCUAAUGGAGACUUCGUUUCAUUUCUUUCUCAGUUGUUCAUUUACAGUGUUAUUUGUUUUUUCUUCAUUUGAUCUCACUGUUGUACUAUACUGUAUUUGUUUGUCAAUAACACAGUGGUAUGUUGCUGGUGGUGACAGAGGGAGUUGCAGGUGGCCAUCUGAACAUGACUGUUUGAGGCAUUUUGGCCUCUAUGAGCUGCUUGGAGGAGCUGGAACCACUAACACACUUCUGCCACAGUUAGCCGCUAAAUGAACCACUAACACACUACUGCCACAGUUAGCCGCUAAAUGAACCACUAACACACUUCUGCCACAGUUAGCCGCUAAAUGAACCACUAACACACUUCUGCCACAGUUAGCCGCUAAAUGUGCCCUUCAGAGAGACCUUAGGCCUGUCUGUUGCCACUGUGGUGAUGAAGAGGGCUUCCUCAGACUCUCUCAAACACAAACACUAACACACUCUGCUCCGAAACAGCUUUUUGCCACCAGUUUGGGAGUUAACCCUGACAAAGCUGUAAGAUCGCAACUUUGGCCCAAUCAUGGCCACCCUAACCAGUAGAGUAGAGUUACUGGAGGAACCCAAACGUCUGCUCUUCGGAGUUUCCCGAUCUCAGUGCUUCCCAGAGAGCACAGCACUGUGGAGUGUGUGUCUGGGUUACGGUUUCACCUCCUCUAGCGGCUGCAGAGAGCACAGCACUGUGGAGUGUGUGUCUGGGUUACGGUUUCACCUCCUCUAGCGGCUGCAGAGAGCACAGCACUGUGGAGUGUGUGUCUGGGUUACGGUUUCACCUCCUCUAGCGGCUGCUCUUGUACAUUUCUUUGCCACUCUUCUCAUUUGUUUUUCAUUCUUAGUAUUUUUAUUUUCUUUUUUCCGCAAGCCUAAUGCACAGAAGCAUUCCUGUUGUUGUAGCAACACCUGUCUUCCGACCUGCUCAGAACUUAACCAGCAUGCACAUGUGAUCAUUGACCUUGUCUUUGACCUUGUCGUUGUAACUUGACUGAAAAUCGUGUAAAUAGGUUCACACUGCUGUGCUUGAUUGUACAGAAACUCCAAAUAGGGUGCUAAAGAUAUGUCCUUGAAUUGGGCUUCCCACAUAUUGAGAUGUCAGCAUUCACAGUAAAGUGCAUGCCAAUCCCCGACAGUAACACUAUGGAAUAGCAUGUUCAUUUGAACAUUACAUUUCUACACACACACACACACACACACACAUGCACGCACGUGUGCACACGCACACACUUGCACACACACACACACACACACACACACACACACACACACACACACACACACACACACAUAUACUUGCGCACACAUACAUGCACAUACUGUAUCCUUCUCAACAAUCAUAUAAGGAGAGAAAAACAAUCCCCAGUGUAGGUCACUGAGAAGGCAGUUAUCGUUUGCCUGUAACGUUACCUAGUUCAGUGUUUUUCAACCACUGUGCCGGGGCACACUAGUGUGCUGUGAGAGAUCAUCAGGUGUGCCGCAGAAAAUUACCCAAAUGUCACUCACUGGUCCAGAAAAGC